AUGGAUUUCGCGCAAGGACAUCCAGGAAUUGCGUGCGACCAGCAGCUUCCCCAAUGUGGACAAUGUGUUCGGAUGCGCGAAUAUUGCAUUGGAUACCGAGAUGAAUGGGAACUGAUCUUCCGCGAGCAGACAAACCAUACUAUCAAGCGGUCCGAGAAAAAAUCAGCGAAGGAGGUGGCCUCGACCGGGGUUGCCGAGGUUACCUACUCGCAUCCACCUGCCCGUGGCUUGGGCCCAAGUCUGGACGAAAUAGGCAUAAACUAUUUCCUCCAAAGCUUUGUCAGCGGUGGCCACUCUCCUUCACGUGAAUAUCUAAACUAUAUUCCGACUGCAUACAGCGCCGAUGUUGAGCAUCCGAUACUCGCCACUAGUAUGGCGGCCGUUGGCCUCGUACGGUUGGCAAGUCAACAGCGCGACCUUGUCAGUCACGCGCGCGCCAAAUAUUCAGAGGCGAUCCGCCAUGUGAAUUUUGCAUUGGUAUCCCCUGUUGAGGCUGUCAAGGACAGCACCUUGAUGUCGGUGAUCUCAUUAGGGGUCUUCGAGCACGUCUCAAAUUUCGAGUCGUGGGUUCGACACGUCAAGGGAGCCGCAGCAUUGGUUAUUGCUCGGGGCAAGUCUCAAUUUUCUAGCCCGACUGCGAUCCUUAUGCCCACACCUGCGUGUCAGGCGGGUAUAUGCUGA